UCAGACAUCUCUCAGCUUCCUGUUGCUUGGAAAAGCAGACUCAUCUCCAUCACUCAGCCAUGGCAAACUGUGGACCAUCCUGUGCUGUCCCAUCUUGCGCUUCCACCCCAGUCGUUGGUUUUGGAUCAGCAGGUCUUGGAGGCCUUGGAGGCCUUGGUGGCCUUGGCCUUGGCGACACCUACGGCUAUGGCUCCGGCGCCCUGGUGGGAUCCGGCAUCCCUUCUGCUAGUCUUGGUAUUCUUUCUGGUGUCGCCCCUUCAUGCAUCAACCAGAUCCCACCAGCAGAGGUCGUGAUCCAGCCACCAGCCUGCAUCGUGACCAUCCCAGGACCCAUCCUCUCUGCUAGCUGUGAGCCAGUGGCCGUAGGAGGAAACGCUCCAUGCUCCCCUGGUGGUUUGGGCAGUGGGUUCCUAGGAGCUGGUUCUCUUGGAGCCGGUGCUCUUGGAGCUGGUGGUCUUAGAGGAUCUCGUUUUGGACUUGGGAGUCGCUAUGGAUUCGUUGGAGACAGAGGAAGCAUCUGUUACCGCCCCUGCUAAGUAAAUAUGGAAGGUUUAUUAGGGGAAGGAAUAUGGACUGCAAAACGUUCAAGCCUGGGUUUAAGAUAUGCUGAGCAUCCUCAAUUCCUGAUGAAGCCAUUGGGCAAUGGGGGCACCAAGCAAGCCUGAAAAUCAGACCCACAACUAUCUUUCAUGCAUUCAUUUCUCAUCUUAACAUAAUCCCCCUCUAUCCCACUGUUUAUGUGCUUUCCCCUUCCCUGGCUUUUAUUUAUUAUCUGUACAGCUCUUCUGCACUCCCCCAGCAGACUAAAGAGCAAAAAACAACAACUAUGGACUUGUCCCCUGGAAUUAAUGCCCAGUCAGUUUGGUACAUCUGUGAAAAUGGCAGAGGUGGGUAAAGUUUUACAAAUCCCACAAAUAGAACUUAUCUCAUUCUGGGACAAGAUUUGCAAUACAGAGACAAUUUAUGUAUAUUUCUUCAGAUUUGUCCUUUUCAAAAAAUAACCAACUUCUUGAGAAUUUGUUCAAUUAUGUAUCUCUCCCCCACCCCUGGAUUCCUAAUAAA